UCAAGCCGCUUGUGCUGUGUAUUUUGCUUUACUAAAAAUUAUACAGAAUACAAAUUGGAUGGCAACUCUUUAAUAAAUACUGGAGAUAAAAAAAAUUGCAGCAGACUCCAAAAAAUGGGAAAAACUGAGAAACGCAAGAAAAGGUCCAAAAAACAUAAACAUAAAAAAAGUAAGCGGAAGCAUAAAAAUAUAAAAAAGGACACCACAGACGAGGUUGCUAAUGAUGAAAGUGGUUUUGAAAUACCAGUAGAGCUAAUGAACACAAAAUCACAUACGCCCAUCACACCACAGGAACAUCAACAACGGCAAAGUCAAAUGCGACGUGUUGUGGAUCCGGACACUGGACGUAUUCGUCUGAUCAGAGGUGAAAGCGAAAUAAUGGAAGAAAUCGUUAGCAAGGAACAGCAUGCUAAAAUUAAUAGCUUAGCAACAGAGACCGAUGGCCUAAUGUUUCAAAAGCAUACAAUUGGCAAAUUGAAGCAAACAAAAUGAAUAAGUGAUGUACAUACCUUGUCUCUUCUUUGGAAGUUAUGCCAAAGGAAUGGUCAUAGAAACAAAGUACUGAAUAUUUAAAUAAACCUUACUUCAGGCUCUAAUAUUGUA